AUGUCUGAGAUCACGACGCCCACCGGCCUCACACCGGAGAAGAAACAAUCGAUCCCCAUAUCUGUCAAGUCCGACAGCGCUGUCACUUGGAAGUCCAUGAGCAUCCGACAGAAAUGGUCCUUCCUGACCAACAACAUCACCGUCGAGCCAAUGAUCGCGUGCUACGUGAUCCCCAGCGUGCUCUCCCAACUGGCCGUGCAGAAUCUCAUCCUCGAGAAGGCGUGUCGGGUGAACCUGGCUUACUCAGACGAGGUAUGCUCAGCUUUGUCCGCCAGGAACACCACCGGCUACGAGGCCGAGGAGACCGCGGUUCAGCAGAUGGUGGCGCGGAUGCAGACCUGGAAAACGCCGCUGCAGAGCGCCCUGCCGACGCUCCUGAUUCUGUUCAUGGGCGCCUGGAGUGAUCGCACUGGUCUGAGGAAGCCCUGCAUGCUACUGCCGAUCAUCGGCGAGUUCUUCAGUAGUAUCACCCUCAUCGCCUGCACGUAUUGGUUCAACGAGUUGCCCAUGGAAGUGGUCGUGCUGGAAGCGGUGUGGCCCGCGUUGACCGGCGGCUGGACCGCCAUGUUCAUGGGUAUCUUUAGCUACAUAGCGGAUAUCACAACCGUGGAAUCGAGAACUCUUAGGAUCGGCGCGGCCAAUGUCUUUCUAUCCUUGGGCGUACCGAUCGGUAUGGCCCUCUCGGGGAUACUGUACACGAAGCUGGGUUUCUAUGGUGUUUUCAGCAUCGCGAUGGUGUGUUACGUAAUGAGCUUUGUGUACGGCCUAGUGGUUAUCAAGGAACCGCCGAGGGAGCGCUUACGGAAAAAGUCCCUUCCGAGCGAGGACAAGCGAACUUCGUUGUGCGCCUUUGUUAUAGACUUCUUCUCGUUGAAGCAUGUCAAGGAGACGUUUCGCGUGGCGUUUAAGGAAGGGACGAACAAUCGCAAGAAAAGGGUCAUCGUACUCAUGGUCAUUGUUAUGGUUGUCAUCGGACCCCUUUAUGGCGAAAUGGCGGUUCUCUAUCUUUACAUGCGGUACCGGUACAACUGGAACGAAGUGACGUUCAGCAUGUUCUCCACGUUUGGCAUGGUAACUAAUCUGAUCGGUACCGCGAUCUCCGUUGGCAUCUUCAGUCACAUUCUCAAGAUAGACGACGCAAUCGUGGGUAUUAUGAGCUGUACGAGUAAAAUUUUAGCAAGUUUCGUUUACGCGUUCGCCAAGCACGCCUGGAUGGUCUACGUAGCCGCUAUCGUGGAGAUCGUGAACGGCACGUCUUUCAUCGCCAUGCGAUCGAUAGCCUCCAAGCUCGUGCCCACGGACGAGCUCGGUAAAGUGAAUUCGCUGUUUGGCGUAUGCGAAUCCCUGAUGCCGCUUGUUUACGGGCCAAUGUACAGCGCCAUUUACGCGGCGACCAUGGAUACAUUUCCGGGGACGUUCUUCAUCGCCGGUGGAUGCAUGACAAUGCCCGCGGUGUUUGCAUUCUUUUGGAUGUACACGCAGCAUCGAAAGGAUCGCAUGUUGAAGGAGCAGAAGGAACCUGAAGCCAUGAUGAAUCAUAAGAGCGAGGACGCGACAGAUUAUAAUUUGAAGGCAUCGAACCCUCGGAUCGUGGAGAAGAGCCCACAGAAGGCCGAGAUGAUGAACGGCAUAGACAACGCGGCCUUCGAAUCCGAGCAGUUGUGAUCUCACGAUUUACGUGAUUCUUUUUUUUUUUUUAAUACGAAGACGUACGAUACAUUAAUUAAUACCUCAUUAAAAAGGAAAAGAAUGAAAGGACUGAAGGGAUACCUUAAAGAGGCCGUUGCGAUAAAUGCUGAUCACGUUGCUGGUGAAGGCGCUAGCAAAUUUGCUUCACGAGGAGGACCUUUUACCGAAGGGGGGCCGUUUUAUUAGCAAAUGCUGAUCAAACGGUAUCUCGAAAUUUAGGAUAUAAGAAGAUUCCGGUGAAUCAUCUUUCAUCGCAUUUCGAGAAGGGGUUGAAAUUGAGAGACUUUUCAGUAUUUAGUGAAGAUGACAAUACUAAUCUAGUGAAGACGACAAUAAUAAUUUAUUAGAGGUAACGAGAAUGUGUCUCUCCAAAAUGAAGUCUAACUCUCGUUCUGGGGUUUUCAGUACUCCGUGAGAGAGAAGGAAUUAGGCAAUUCUGAAUUACAGCAUUUCUCAAAUCCUACGCAACUGCUAACUGUUAUCACCUUCAUACUGCAUCAAGGUGUAAAUAAAGCACUUUAUUGAGACUUCCUCUUUGCCAUCCAUGAUUUCACUUACUGCAGCUUGUAGAUCUUGUUUCAAGUAUUCUCAAGAUGUAGAGAUACUCCGAAUGAAGGAUAACUACCAGAUUAUUUCUAAUUUAACGUUUUUAGUGGAAAAUAGUGCCUAACAAGUGUUAAAAGAGUAUUUCUUUUUAAUAAUUUGACGACAUGUAAUUAAUGCAAUUCAUCUUAGAAAGGGCAUUAUUCCGAAGUCCUUGUUCUUCAUUGAGCACAAAAAAAAACUGAUCUGCUACAUAAAUACGUACGAAGGUCCCUCUGCAAUACCUUUCGGAAUAAACCGUUCUUCCGACGGUGAAUCAUUUAGUUAUAUGUAAUAUAUAUUAUAAAUAUGUAACAUACGUAUAAUUUCUUGCAAAUUGUAAUUUCUUGCAAAUCUCUCGCCGUCUUUAAUUUAAUAACUCGUUCAAAAGCGAUCAUCGUUUACGUCCAAAAAGAGCAUCGUAUUUCGACAAAGUAGCAUUAAGCACGAUACACAAGUUUUUAUUUAACAAACUAUAUAUAUCCUUUACUUCGAGUACACUAGUACAAACUGUACUUAAACAGAUUGCGACGACAGCGUGACAGGAAUAAGCGCAUCACAGAUAUUCAUAUCGCAAUAUUAGCUACUCAGUUUCCUAAUCUCUCUCUCUCUCUCUCUCUCUCUCUCUUUCUCUGCAAUAACCAACCUCCAAAAAAGAAAAUUGAACCCUCUUUCUUCUUAAUACAAAUUUUGUAUAAACACGUUGAUUGCGUGAUAUUUAACAUUGUGAUUAAGAGAUUUUGUCGAAAAAAGCUUCGUCAAGAUAUAUAUCCAUUUUUUUUUUUUAAAUCUUAAGUAGAAUUUAAUAUAAACCUUAAAAUGUUUCUUUUAUGUGUAUACGACAAUAUAAAUCCAAAAUUGAUAAAGCAAAAUAUUUAUUAUUAUGACGUAAUACACAUUUUUCACAAUAUAAUUCCUAUAUCUGAUAUUUUCUUUCUUAGAGCAGCUGUUAAGUUUUUACACAGAUUCGUAAUUUCGUGUGAUAAAUUUAAGUGCGAUAAUUUAAUUACAUAUAUAAUAUAAAUGUAAAAAUCGGUUGCGUACGUUAAUUUCAUGGAUCUGAUUAAAUAAUAAACUGAUUAUAUUAAAUAAUAGGAAAGGUAAAAACCGAUUGCUCUAUGCCUGCGUUCCGACACAAUCGACGUUAAUGUAUUUAUAACAAUCUUUAACGCUUAAGCCCAUUUUAGAUGUUCUAUGAUUCGCGUCAGAAUUCAGGAUAACAUUCUGUUUAUAAUUUUUAUGCACUGUAUAAUGCAAAGAAACAAAGAACCCGAUAUUGUUUUACACUCGAUAUAUAUCAAUAAAGUUGGAAAAUAUAAGCAGCAAGUUUUCUAUGCAAUUAAUAAAAAGAUUACUUUUGAUUCUCUUUAAACAUAAUUAUACUUAAUGCAUAUAUAUAUAUAUAUAUAUAUAUAUAUAUAUAUAUAUAUAUAUAUGCCAAUCGUACAAAUUAUAAAGUUCUAACAAAAUUAGAAGCGACUAUUAAUUUAUUCAUCCCUUUUUAAUCUUCUCGACGUAAUAGAAAAACACAUGAAAUCAUACGGUUUCGCAAUGAAGAGUUGAGAACGUAUUUCAUUCUUAAAGAAUUAAGAAUGUAGAUCGACUAUAUAUUUUUGUUGCGUUUGUGCAGCUGUAGAUUUAUACAGCAAUUGUUUGUAAAGACUGAAACUGAGUUGUAAAUAUAGCAACAGUUAUAUAAAUUUA